CAGGAGAGAGAUCACAAAUGACAAAUCACAAAAUUGCUGAGACGUCUACUGCUCCAAGCUCCCACUUCUUGUCGUCGACUCUCCAAUGCUUAUUACCACUCCGCACCCCGACAUUCACAUCGUUUCUUUUCCUCUUCUUCAUCGUCCCAAUUCCUAAACAGUUCUUUCAUCGAACACGUAGAGGACAACGCAAACCACUCCACUUCUCCACUCUACAACCCACCUGAUAACAAUAAAACUCAAUAACAACUCUCUCUCUAGCUUUUUCACACAUAUAUACAUAUACGUAUUUCAGUAUUUGUAGUGGGUGAAUUUUGAAUAUGGCAGAGCAUUCUCAUGAGCCUUCUUCGGACUCUGAGCUCGUCAAGCACCUCAAAGGCAUUAUCAAGAUUCGCAAUUCGAUCAUUUUUCACUCUUUAAUGUGUUGCAUUUUUCUGUGUGUAAACAUUGCAGUUUUUUUGGUGUGAAUGUGGGGACAUUGCCAUUAUCAUCAAUAAGAAAUUGACAAGCUCAUUAUGGAAAAUACCCUUUUUUUUUCUUUUUGGGCUUUUGUUUCUGGUUGUGUCUCUGAUUGAAAUUCAAUACUAAUUGUAAUGGGUUUGGCACUUUGGAACUAACGGAGGUAUAGAGUGGUUACUUUUUUUUUAUUGGAAUAAGGGAGCAAAAUAUUAGUUAAUGAUUUUGAUCGUGGGGUUUGUGUUCGAUUAUGUUUUGUAUGUCAUUGCUCAAUUAAGUUAUAAGAAGAAACUGAAUAUCAAAAAAUUGUGACACUUAGAAAUUGAAUUUCACUUGCUUUUAUUUCUGGUUCCGCGAUAAAUUCAAAUUAUAGUUUGGUAUGUUCGUGCUACUCUGGUAAUUUCUGUUUCUACUUAGCAUUUAAAUGUGCCUUAAUUUCUCUGUUUGUAUAAGGAAUGGCUUGUAGUUGUGAUCUUAGUCCUUGUUAUUUUUGUGUUCUCAGUACCGUGGUGGGCCAAUUUCGAUUGCUGAGUACAUGGAGGAAGUUUUGACAAAUCCUAAGGCUGGUUUCUACUUUCUACAUUAAUCGGGAUGUGUUUGGAGCAGAGGGUGAUUUUAUAACCUCCCCUGAAGUAAGCCAAAUGUUUGGGGAGAUGGUUGGUGUUUGGGCCAUGUGCCUAUGGGAGCAAAUGGGACAACCAAAUAAAGUUAACCUUGUUGAGCUGGGUCCAGGACGAGGAACUCUGAUGGCUGAUCUUCUUCGUGGUGCCUCCAAAUUUAAGAACUUCACUGAAUCAUUGCAAAUACAUAUGGUGGAAUGUAGCCCAACACUGCAGAAGCUUCAGCACAGCAACUUGAAAUGCAAGGAUGAAGAUAAUACCGAUGACAAGGUUAACAAAAGGAGUGUCAGCACAUUGACUGGGACUCCUGUGACAUGGCAUGCUGCACUGGAGCAGGUUCCUUCAGGAUGUAUGAAAAUAUCUAAAACAAGCAGACACACACAAUAGUGUUCAAGUCAAUAGAUAGAUUCUUAUGUGUGUGUGUGGUGUGUGAUUAAUGUUUGUAUGUGUUCUGAAAAUUGAGUAAAAAGAUCUCUAAGCUGCUCUCUCUUUUUAUCUCUCUAGAUAGUAGAUAUUAAUUUUCUAUCCCUAGACAAAUCUUUUGUUCUAUAUUCUCAUAGGAUGAUAUUUGAGGACAUGAACCAGAUGUUCAGGGUAUCAUCGUAUGAAUCACUUGUUUCUUACA